GCAUUUACAGUAUGGCUGUAAUUAGCUGAAGAAUGAACCUAGUGAUAGCCUGAAAUUCCUGUAAUUUGGUUCUUCAUGCUUGAUUAUAUGAUGCUGUAAUCAGAUCGUUAUCUUGUAUCUAACUUCUUAGAAAUAAGUUUGGUUAUAAAGUGGACAGGUCGUUUUCAUUCUUAAAUCUCACAAAUUCUUUCUUCUUUGUUGGUUGUACACAAGGAAACAAACAAGACUAAGACUAGAGAGGAGUUAUUGGCAGAAGAAAGAGACUACAAAAGACGAAGAAUGUCAUAUCGUGGAAAAAAGGUGAAGCGAACAACUUUGCAGGUUAUGAGGGAUAUUAUAGAGGAGUACAUGGAGGAAAUCAAGCAAGCUGGCGGGAUUGGGUGCUUUGAGAAAGGAAAUGAAGGGGAAGGGAGCUUUCCAUUUGAACUACCAUCAGCUCCUGAAAUCACCACCGAUGCUGAAAAGCCAACAAAAAGCAAUUAUGACACAGCGGGAUGUAGCCCAAGUCGUAGCAGGAAACAGUCUCAUUCUAGUUAUUAUGCUAUUGAUUCUGCAACAUCCAGGGAUGCUUCUGCUAAAGGUAGCGAAAAACCAAGACGGAGUCUUCAGGGACACCAUCACUAUCUAGAAGAUCAUAGAAGUGACGGUAGGGACAGACGUGAUAUGGUGAAACAUUCCAGAAGUCCAGAGAGUCGCAGAAAUCCUGGAUGGUCACACGGACAGACUCGUCAUCACAGGGAACGACAUGAUCUGGAGGUGAGAAAGACCAAGCACCGUGAAAUCAGUCGGUCAUCUUCUAGCAUAUCCAAGUAUCGUGAUAAUAGAUCAUCUUCUCAGUUGAAUUCGGGUGAGAAUUCAAAAGUUAGAAGGGAUAGGUUAUAUGAGAAUCAUAGUUCAAACUCUGUGGUACAAAAUACUUUUGAGGAUAGAUAUGAUCCUUUAAUAUCUCAUGACAUAUAUGAAGAGGAUCUUUCUACUAACAGAAAAUAUGCUAGAGCGGGCAGAUAUUCUGAAAAGGAGAAAAGUCCUGACUACCAUUAGAAAUCUGAGUGCGAAAUGGGUAAGUUAUUCUUUGAUUUCUUC